AUGAUGCGAUCCAACAGCAUCUCCUCCAUUUCGUCUCUCUCCUCGCGCUGCUCGUCAGCAGAGCCCGAGUCGACCAUGCAAAUCUUCAUCAAGAACAUUGCCGGCAAUACCUUUGCCCUCGAAGUACCAGAGUCCACGUCGAUAGCGACGCUCUCAUCGCUGCUCGCCAUCCGUACGAAUCUCCCCGCUCAAGACAUGCGCCUUGUAUACGCCGGCAGACAUCUUGACCUGUCAUCAAACACAUUGUCCGACUACAAAAUCGGACGAGAAAGCACACUGCAUCUGGCACUUCCGUUGCGAGGCGGAGCGCCCAAGAAGAUCCGCUGCCAAUUCAAAGACUGCAAGGACCCGGCCCAACGCAUUGUCGGAGACUGCGGCUUCUGCAAUGGGCACUUUUGUGGCAAGCACCGUAUGCUCGAGAGCCACGCAUGCAGUGGACUCGAAACAUGCAAGGAGGAGGAGAAGCAGCGAAACCGCGAGCGUCUCGAGAAGGAGAGAACAGUUGCCAUCAAGGGCAUUUGA